GUUUUAAAAUCAAGUGGCGAAGGGUGGUGUCUGCACUUGAAACAAGACACUUUAUUCCUGGGUUUAGCAUUGACCUUGCCCAGCUUGGUCUGGCAGCUUGAGUUGCUGGACUAGGAAGCGUCUCUGCAGGUUGUGUUCUGUUAUCUCUCUGUAAAGCCUGAAAGCAUCUGCAUUUGCUAGUUUUCAGUAGAGCUAUUUAACAAGAAUCUGGAAACAUUCUCCCUGAGGGCUCUCUUUAGACAGCAGUAAAAUGUAGCUGGAGACAUACUGAGUAAACGGAAAAGAAAAAUCAAAUGAGGCCAGGAAUUUUUUAAAUCUCCUAUUCUCUCAGAAACCCUCAAGGAGAACACCAUAAUUCAUACUUUACUCAUGUGGGUUAGGCAUAAAGCCUCCCUCAUAGAUCCAAUAACCUGUAAGUGUUCUGGUUUUGAAAUUGCACCUGCUUACAUUGCUGGAUCAUAGCACUAAAUCACACAGCAACGGCUUCUGGUUCAAUUCUUCAUUACUUGGGAAUGUCAGAUUGCCAGAGAGCAGCCUGAUGUUUACAUCCAAAUCGGCAAUGACUUAGGAAAUCAGUUUUAAUUACAAUCUCACAUAUCAGCACUACACUCAACCUGCAGAGAGGCUGGCAUUUGUGUUGUACAUACUUCUUGUAGCUGUGCAGAAAAUGCCUGUCCGACUGGGUCAUGUAAAAUGGACAGCAAAGUCAGCAGAAACUUAGAAAAGAUGACACAGCAAGUGGAACACGGCUAGAUCAUCCCCCAUCCUGCCAAGUGUGCAGUGCUCUCUGGCCCCUUUUUAAAACAAGAGAACCCAGUUGGCAUUUGCCUUUCAACCCCCCUAUUCUGAUUACAAAAAUCUGUGACCCAUCAGCUUUAACCAUAAAAAAAAAAAAGAGUGAAAGAGAAAGACUCAGAGUCAGUGAGCAGGAUUCUUUGAGACCAGGUCCUGCUUCCUCAGGGAAUCCUUGUUGCCUCACUUGCUAUAAUGCAGUUUGUGCCACCAGUCUGGCAUUUUCAGCCCAAAGCAGGAGCCAUUGAGACAAAUUCAGGGGAUGCUUAAGAGGCGGGGUGUGUGUGUGUGUGUGCGCGCGCGUGUGCGUGCACUCGUACGUAUGUGUGCGUGUAUUCCAUAUGCCAACGGUGCAGCUCUGACGUAAAAAAAUGUUUUCAACCCUCCUCUGGGCACAAAUGCUGAAGAGCCUGGCACUGGACAGGGAGCAUCCUGAAGGGCAUUGUCACCUGAAGCAGAAGAGCUGUCAGAUCUUUCCCUUCCGCAGUUAAAUCAUUUUCAUGGAAUGGCUCUCAUCUUGGGAGAUUCAUCCUCUGCAUUUUGGAACUGAGCCUUCCUAGUGUUCUGAGAGUUUUCUGCUAUCUGUUCAGCUUAGCACGCUAAGAAGCCGGAGAGGUACCCAGCAGGCUGGUUGCAUUCUCUGUCUUGGAAAAAUAUUUGGUUUGAGAAAUCGUGAAAUCAUUCCUGGCCACAUUGUGGGAUUGUAUUGAUUUUUCUUUUCUUUUCUUUCUUUUUUUUUUUUAGUUUUUAAAUUUUUAUAUGGAAAUGCCGGAAAGCUUGGAGACAGUCUAUUUCAAAGAAGGCUUUUGAUUUCUGAGACUGGCAAGGGCAUAAAAUGACAUGAGAGUUUCUCAGCAGGAUUCCAAAUUCAUGAAAGAUUUUUUCAAGCAUCUACUAUGUUCAGAACAGGGAUGCAGAGAUGUUCUGGAGAAUCUGAAGUUCAGGCUUAACCCUUGAAACUUUGAAAGCAAUGGCUGAAAAGGAAAGAUGAAUACCUAGAGGCUCCCUCUGGAAAUGAUUGAGGUUUGCCAUCGCAAUUGGCUACUUUGGCUUUGUCUGUCAAAAUUUGGUGUCUUCAUGUGCUGUCCGGCAUCUACUACAGGUCAGAUGGAGCUUAGAAGGACAAGGGAGCCUAGUAAUAAACGGGUCAAACCCCUUUCAAGAGUCACGUCACUAGCAAACCUCAUCCCGCCUGUGAAGGCCACACCGUUAAAGCGCUUUGGUCAAACCCUGCAGCGCUCCAUUAGCUUCCGCAGCGAGAGCCGCCCUGACAUCCUUGCCCCCCGACCCUGGUCCAGAAAUGCCGCCCCCUCAAGCACGAAACGGAGAGAUAGCAAGCUCUGGAGUGAGACCUUCGAUGUGUGCGUCAAUCAGAUGCUUACAUCCAAGGAAAUCAAACGUCAGGAGGCGAUCUUUGAGCUUUCCCAAGGAGAAGAAGACUUGAUAGAAGACUUGAAAUUAGCAAAAAAGGCUUAUCAUGACCCCAUGCUGAAACUCUCCAUAAUGACAGAACAAGAGUUGAAUCAAAUUUUUGGAACACUGGACUCUCUAAUUCCUCUACAUGAAGAGCUCCUUAGUCAGCUUCGAGAUGCUCGGAAGCCUGAUGGCUCGACUGAACAUGUUGGUCCCAUCCUCGUGGGCUGGCUGCCUUGCCUCAGCUCCUAUGACAGUUACUGUAGCAAUCAAGUAGCUGCCAAAGCUCUGCUGGACCACAAAAAGCAAGAUCACCGAGUCCAGGAUUUCCUACAGCGAUGUUUAGAAUCCCCCUUUAGCCGCAAACUAGAUCUCUGGAAUUUCCUUGAUAUUCCAAGAAGCCGUCUGGUAAAAUACCCUCUACUUCUUCGAGAAAUCUUGAGGCACACACCAAAUGAUAAUCCAGAUCAGCAGCACUUGGAAGAAGCUAUAAACAUCAUUCAGGGAAUAGUGGCAGAAAUCAACACCAAGACUGGGGAAUCAGAAUGCCGCUAUUAUAAAGAGCGGCUUCUUUACUUGGAAGAAGGCCAGAAAGACUCUCUGAUCGACAGCUCUCGAGUCUUGUGCUGUCAUGGUGAACUGAAGAACAAUCGGGGUGUGAAACUGCACGUUUUCCUGUUCCAAGAAGUGCUUGUGAUCACUCGAGCCGUCACCCACAAUGAGCAGCUUUGCUACCAGCUGUACCGUCAGCCGAUCCCCGUGAAGGACCUCCUGCUGGACGACCUGCAGGACGGAGAAGUGAGACUGGGUGGCUCCCUGCGAGGGGCAUUCAGCAACAAUGAGAGAAUUAAAAACUUCUUCAGAAUCAGUUUCAAGAAUGGAUCCCAAAGUCAGACCCACUCACUACAAGCCAAUGACACCUUCAACAAACAGCAGUGGCUUAACUGUAUUCGUCAAGCCAAAGAAACAGUUUUGUGUGCUGCUGGGCAGGCUGGGGUGCUUGACUCCGAGGGAUCAUUCCUGAAUCCCAUCACUGGGAGCAGAGAGCUACAGGGAGAAACAAAACUUGAGCAGAUGGACCAAUCAGACAGUGAGUCAGACUGUAGUAUGGACACCAGUGAGGUCAGCCUCGACUGUGAGCGCAUGGAACAGACAGACUCUUCCUGUGGGAACAGCAGGCAUGUUGAAAGCAACGUCUGACAGAAGCAUGCACACUUCAGGAAGCAGGCCUGCAUCUUACCUGUACAGUAUUUGCAUUCCGCAGAUGGAACGGUUUGGAAAAGCACUUUUUAAUACUUUUGUGACCAUGUUGGCCCAGUCUCUUGUAUCUGUACCUUUGUCCCUAGUACUGUAACUGCCAGCCUGUCUGUGUAAGCUGGAAUCUGUGGCAACCGUUACCCUGCGUUAUAUUUCCCAAGUGUUUGGAUGGAUGGAGAGGUACUCAAACAAGUUACUUUCAAUUGUCCUGCUGGAUUAAAAAAAAAAAAAUAGAAAAACAAUCCCGAAACUACUGUUUUACAUAAAUUGCUUGAAGAGUCUUUCCUCUUGUGCUUCUCUAGCACUUUCCCAGCUCUUUGAUGUGGUAGCUAAAAAUUUAGAGGGCCUUGUAAAUAGGGCAUGAGAAAGUCACCUGUGUAUCGGGAUGGUACUAGAGAGAAAAUCAGGAAAGACCAACCCAUGAAGUGAACUUGGUUUGAUUUUAUUCAACUAGAAAGCUUGAAAACAUCCCUGGGCAUUCUGAAGGCUUAAUUUUGCAAAGGAGGAUGCAUUGUCUGAACCUUGCAACUUAAUCCAGUGCAAGUUUGAUGCAAGAAUUUAUUAGGACAUAAAAUAGAGGGUCAGGACAAAAGCAGCUGCCAGCUCUGAAUCUUUAACUGAAAUGCACGUGGCACCAGGAGGUGUCUCUCAUAGUUGGUGGCUAGCCUAAAACAUCCGAAUAGAACCCAAAGGGCCUAGGGAAGCCUGCCAGGAUAACAAGAAGGCCCUGUCUUCAUUAUGUUUCAUCUGCCUAGGCCUACUCACAUUUUAGAGAAUGAGUGAAGGAACAAGGAAGAGAGACCGUGACUCUACCAAUGACACUGUUUACAGAAACACAGGAGCGGAAUAAUUUGGAAUGAAAAGCAUUUCAUCAGAAACUUCUAUGGGAGCCAUUAAGAGAAAAGCAUGGUCCAGUGCCUUCUGAGAAAGGCCAGAGCCUUGGGCUUUCCUGCUCUGCUUUUGGGUCAUCAGUUUGCCAUCUCUGGUUCUGUGCUAUAACCAGAAUUGUAAUUACAUUCUCCAGAGGCCAAUUUCAUUAACUCUGAUUAAUUAGGAUCAGCUAGCCAAAUUAGUAGCCUCUUUGUCCAGCCUUGAUUUACAGUGCAAGGUAAAGUGCAGACCUUAAAAAAAGCUAAGUACGUAGAAGAGCUCCCUGCAAGUGUAAAUAUUAAGAAUGUCCUGUGCAAAAUUAUACCCACACCAGCACUAGUAGUAAUGAUUCUAAAUUAUUGCCAAAAAUUUUUUUUUAAUUUUCUGUCUUUCAAGUUUACAGAAAAGUAAGCAGUAAAUGCAUUGAUGUCAUUUUAUUAUGUACAUAUAUCAUGUGCAUUCAAAGAAGCUGUGUGACAAGAUAUAUCAAUAUAAAAACAAGGUAUAUUACUUUAUUAUUUUUUAAAAACAAAGAUAUUGUUGUCAGUUUUACCCUGUAAAACAUAUUUCUGUAUUUAUAGAUCUUAAACAUGGUGAAUUUUUUCUAUCACAAGUUUAUUUAAAACUGCUUUGUUUUCUCAAGUUGUUAUUGAUACAGCAAGUGAACCUGCUGCAGAUAGAAGCAGAGGAAAGCCAAGAACAGCCUUUUAAUGGUGAAGAAAAGAAUGAAUGAUUCUUUGUAGGAGCCAUCAGCCACUUUGUAGGACCCAUCAGCCAGUGUGCUGGGAAAAGAGGUUUGUCAUAUGUUGGCCUAUGGUAAGAAAGUCAAUGAAUGUUUUGAUGAAAUGAAUGUUUUUGUAUAACGGCCUUAAACUUUUCUGGAAGUAUUUCAAAUAAAUUACAUUAAAAUGUCA